CGGACUUGGUCCACUCGGUUACGUGUUCAUCCAACAAGAUCGUCGUGGAAGCAACCCAGCAGAAUAUUUGGCAAAAAAAAAAAGCAAAAGAAAAGGAGAGAGAGUGAGAGUGAGUGAGAGAGUUUUGCCUCCCCUUUCCCUUCUUUUCCCCUCCUCUCCCCCCAGCCGCCGAAUCAUGUCGAUGAGCCCAAAGCAUACGACUCCUUUCUCAGUGUCUGACAUCUUGAGCCCUUUGGAGGAAAGCUACAAGAAAGUGGCCAUGGAGGGGAGUAACUUGGGGGCUCCUCUGGCAGCGUACAGGCAAUCCCAGGUGGCGCAGCCGACCAUGCAGCAGCACCCUAUGGGCCAUAACGGGACGGUCACCGCCGCUUACCACAUGGCAGCCGCCGGGGUCCCCCAGCUGUCCCACACCGCCAUGGGUGGCUAUUGCAAUGGCAACAUGGGCGACCUCCCGCCUUACCAGGACACCAUGAGGAACAGCGCUUCCGCCACCGGAUGGUACGGAGCCAACCCGGAUCCCCGCUUCUCUACAAUCUCCCGCUUCAUGGGCCCUUCGUCCGGCAUGAACAUGGGCGGCAUGGGGGGCCUGGGCUCGCUGAGCGACGUGAGCAAGAGCAUGGCUCCACUGCAGAGCGCGCCUCGGCGGAAACGCCGCGUCCUCUUCUCGCAGGCCCAGGUGUACGAGCUGGAGAGGCGCUUCAAGCAGCAGAAGUACCUGUCGGCGCCCGAGCGGGAGCACCUGGCCAGCAUGAUCCACCUGACGCCCACCCAGGUCAAGAUCUGGUUCCAGAACCACCGCUACAAGAUGAAGCGCCAGGCCAAGGACAAGGCGGCCCAGCAGCAGAUGCAGCAGCAGGAGGGCGCCUCUUGCCAGCAGCAGCAACAGCAGCAGUCACCCCGCCGAGUGGCCGUGCCGGUCCUGGUCAAAGACGGCAAGCCGUGCCAAGCGGGUUCCAACGCACCCUCCACGGCGCUGCAGGGUCAUCACCAGCAACAGCAGGCGGCGGCCACCGCCAUCACCGUGGCCUCCAACGGGGCCAGCCUGGGACAACAUCCGAGCCACCAGGCCAGUAGCGCCGGGCAAUCGCCAGACCUGGGCCAGCACGCGGGAAGCAGCCCCUCCGCCCUGCAGAGCCAGGUGUCCGCCUUGUCACACCUGAACUCCUCCACCUCGGACUACGGGACGGCCAUGUCCUGCUCCACCUUGCUUUAUGGCAGGACCUGGUGAAAAGGACCGGCCGGCCCCGCCUUCGGCCGGCGCCCGCUACCCCUUUCUCCCCGAACGAGCUGACCUGCCCCCGGCCUCCCACGAGACCCCUCCCCUGACGUUUCCCUUUUCUGUUUGUUUGUUUGUUUCGGAGAGGCAAAGAGAGGAGAGGAGAGGAUGGGGCCGUUGGCUUUGGUCUCAGUCGGAGCAAAAAAAGAAGAAGAAGAAAAAAAGAGAGAGACUGCUCUCGCAGUGGCUGCCGACGGAAGCCGUCCGGAGAAGUUGAGGGCCUUGGAAGCCAUUCGGGACCGUGUACCCUCUCGGCUGACGCGGCUGACUCCAUUAGACGCUUGUAUGUACAUACACAAACAUUUGGGCGAGGGGUGGGCUUUCCUCCCCUCCUUCGGGAAAGUUAACAUCGGCACCUCUGUGUAGACACCAAGUCCCCCGACUCGGGAAAGGGAAGGAAAGGCAGCGACCCUUUGGCGCCUUAACAUCAGCUCACGAACUCGUAGCUUAUACGGUCCAUCAGAAACAGUGGACUAAAACCCAUAGUUUUUAGCAACCUGAAUAUUUUGUUGAUUUUUGAAAUAUAUGUGGAGCGAGGAUCUAUCAAACAAAUCAAAGCUUUUUCUUUUUCUUUUUAAUUUUACGGGGGAAAGCCACUUUUAAAAAUGGAUCUCCACAGAACCUUGACAUUUUGGGGCAGUU